AUGCCGUGGGUGCCACGCAUCCCUCCGAAGGGGGAGGCCGAUGCAGACUCUUCAGCUCCACGGGAGAAAGCAGCUGCUCCAAAAGAGAAGCCAGCUGCUGAGGAGACGGAAUCAGCUGAGUCACGAGCUCAGAGGGAGAAGGCUCAGUCGUACCUUGCUAUGCGAGGGGCCGAAUUAUGGUUGGAUCUGCAACAACGAAAGCUGCAGGGAAAGAAGAUGACAAAGUUUCUUACAGAUGAGCUCUAUGCUGAAAUCAAAAAGCAGUUGGAGAACCCCAAAAAGCCAGAUCGCCCGUGCUGGUACUUCAAUAUUGAUGUGAGCGCCACGGAACUCACGGCCGAGGGCCUCAAGAUUCUUGUGGCGUUCCUGAAGCGACUCUAUCAGGCAAAUCCACCUGUUUGUGUUCACAGCCUCCGCUGCUACAACAACGAUCUGGGCGAUGAGGGGGCCGAGCAGAUUGCCGAGUUGAUCCUGGCACAGCCCUAUGCCAUUUCCGAGCUCCAUUUGAGCCACAGCAGGAUGACAGAGCUUGGAGCAGCGACGGUGAUACUGUCCGUAUGCGUGGCCAAUGACCGUUAUCCGUUUCAAGUAAAGCACCGUUGGACUGGCUGCUGGAUACGGCUGGAGAACAACCACGUCAGCGCACCCGAUGCGCUGCUGACAGCCAUGAGGGCGACGCUGCUGCCGGGCAAAGAAUGGGACGAGCAGAUGGUGCACAUCGAAGCCAUUGCGCGCGGAGACCGCACCUGGGGACGGGCACAUGGGCCCCACUGGGCCACCUCUGCAGAGGUGACCCCUCAAGCUUUGCUGUAUACAUUCCACGAGCAGCAGGGCGUACUGGAUGCUGGCUACGGAAAGAAGGAGAGUGUUGCAGGCAUCCGGGCUGCCCGGCGUGCCACGGACAGUGCCCGUGAGGCAGUGCUAGAAAUGCACAAGAAGCUCAAUGAUCACGAUGACUACGACAACCAGCAAGGAACACAUCGGCCUGCUCGUGUACGCCUUUCGGAGGAUCGCGUUGUGGUCGCCCGCUACAGGCGUGGUGCUGACGAAGUGCCAGAGAAGAAGGAAGAAGCCUGGGUUCCAGAGCCGAAGCGAGUGGCCAAAAUCCACGACACCCGUCCAUUCAGGAUGGCCGUGGACAGCCUGAAGCCGCUCGCAGAUUCGAGGGAAGCUCCAGCAUCUUCAACGCGUUGGGUAACUUAUGGCAAAGGCGGAAAGGUGGGAAGCGGGACGGCUGUUGCGGCUGUUGCGGCGCCUGCAUCGACGACCAGGAGAAGCCACGAAGCCCAUGAAUAUGCCAAUGCUAUUGGAUCUGGCGGUGGGAAGGGCGAAAGCCCUCCGAAAGGAUCGAAAGGUGCAGCGCCAAAGGGAAAGCAGUUGAACGUGACCCAGCCAAAGGAGGAGGAUCAUUCAACUGCGACGGCAUCAAGUCCACCUACAGCUGCGACAGCCGCGGGCAAGGGAGCUGUCCAGAAAGGCAAAGGGAGGUCGAAAGACGCGGGGAAGCUGGUGUGGAAGUCGAAGGUGACAAAGGCUCCGGAAGAGUCGUCCAAAGAGGAGCAGAGGCCAGAAGCAGCUCCCAAGGUGGAGAGCAGCAAAGCCAGUACAUCCACAGACGUCAAAGAACCGCAGGCCACAUCAAAGGAUGCCAAGAGUGCCAAGGAUGUUGAGAAGGCAGAGGACCCAAAGGAGGCGAAGGCUGCGAAGGAGGCAAAGGACGCGGGAAAAGAUGCAAACGAGGCGAAAGAUGCUAAAGCAGCUGGGGCAAAGGAGGUAAAAGACUCAAAAGAGGCGGCAGCUACAAAGGAGGCAAAGGAUGCACACGAGGCAAAAGCUACGGAAGCAAAGGAUGCGAACGAGGCGAAGGAUGCCAAAGUUAUGGCUGCAAAGGAGGCAAAAGAUUCAAAAGAGGUGAAGGCCAAGGAGACAAAAGACACCCAAGAGGCAAAAGAUGAACAGGCGACACCUGUCAAAGAAGCCAAAGACAUGAAAGAUGAGAAAGGAGCGUCUACGAAGAUGCCAGCGGAUUCGAAGGCAAAGCAUACGGAGCAUGUGCAGGCCACCAAGCCAGCUGCGAAGGAUCCUCAUCUUAAGUUUUGGUGA